CAUGUCCUCCUGGCCAAAAAACCGACAAUCGCCAAGAUGCCUGCUGUGUUUUUCCUUUUAUCUAUAGGGGAACGACCUACAACGCUUGUACCAUGGCCGAUCACAGCGGAUUUUGGUGUUCACUUACUGCUACCUACAGUGGAAAUUGGGCUAACUGCGUCGGUCCAUGCCACAAGAACCCUUGCUUAAAUGGAGGGGUCUGUACAGAUACCAAAAACGACUCGUACAACUGCAAAUGUGCUGGGGGAUAUUCUGGAAACAAUUGUGAAAUAGCGGGCCAAUGCGUCAAAAAACCUUGUCAAAAUGGAGGAAUCUGCACCGAAAAUGGAAACAAUUCGCGCAGUUGCGAAUGCACCGCUGGAUAUUCUGGAGAAAAUUGUGAAAAAAAGCUUCCAUGUCCGCCUGGCAAAAAAACCGACAAUCACCAAGGAGCCUGCUGUGUUUUACCUUUUAUCUAUAAAGGAACGACCUACAACGCUUGUACCAUGGCCGAUUAUAGCCGAUUGUGGUGUUCCCUUACUGCUAUAUACAGUACAUCUUGGGCUAACUGCGUCGGUCCAUGCGACAAGAACCCUUGCCUAAAUGGAGGGUUCUGUACAGCAACCAAAAACGACUCAUACAACUGCAAAUGUGCUGGGGGAUAUUCUGGAGAAAAUUGCGAAAUAGCGGGCCCAUGCGCCAAGAAACCUUGUCAAAAUGGAGGAAUCUGCACCGAAACUGGAAACAAUUCGCGCAGUUGCAAAUGUGCCGCUGGAUAUUCUGGCGAAAAUUGCGAAAAAAAGCUGCCAUGUCCUCCUGGCAGAAAAACCGACAAUCACCAAGGUGCCUGCUGUGUUUUUCCUUUUAUCUAUAAAGGAACGACCUACAACGCUUGUACCAUGGCCGAUUAUAGCCGAUUUUGGUGUUCACUUACUCCCACUUACAGUUCAUCUUGGGCUAACUGCGUCGGUUCAUGCCACAAGAACCCUUGCCUAAAUGGAGGGGUCUGUACAGAUACCAAAAACGACUCGUACAACUGCAAAUGUACUGGGGGAUAUUCUGGAAACAAUUGUGAAAUAGCGGACCCAUGCGCUAAGAAACCUUGUCAAAAUGGAGGAAUCUGCACCCAAACUGGAAACAAUUCCCGCAGUUGCGAAUGUGGCGCUGGAUAUUCUGGAGAAAAUUGUGAAAAAAAGCUGCCAUGUCCGCCUGGCAAAAAAACCGACAACCACCAAGGUGCGUGUUGUGUUUUCCCUUUUACCUAUGGAGGAACGACCUACAACGCUUGUACCAUGGCCGAUCAUAGCGGAUUGUGGUGUUCACUCACUGCUGCUUACAGUGGAUCUUGGGCUAACUGCGUCGGUCGAUGCGACAAGAACCCUUGCUUGAAUGGGGGAGUCUGCACAGAAACCAGAAAUGACUCGUACAACUGUAAAUGUGCUGGGGGAUAUUCUGGAGACAAUUGUGAAACAGCAGGCCCAUGCGCCAAGAGACCUUGUCAAAAUGGAGGAAUCUGCACCCAAACUGGAAACAGUUCGCGCAGUUGCGAAUGCACCGCUGAAUAUUCUGGAGAAAACUGUGAAAAAAAGCUGCCAUGUCCUCCUGGCAGAAGAACCGACAAUCCCCAAGGUGCCUGCUGUACUUUUCCAUUUACCUACGGAGGAACGACUUACAACGCCUGUACCAUGGUCGAUCAUAGCCAAUUGUGGUGUACACUCAAGGCAGGCUACAGUCGAUCUUGGGCUAACUGCGUCGGUCCAUGCCACAAGAACCCUUGUCUGAACGAGGGAGUCUGUACAGAAACCCAAAACGACUCGUACAAUUGCAAAUGUGCUGGGGGAUAUUCUGGAGACAACUGCGAAAUAGAGGGCCCAUGUGCCAAGAAACCCUGUCAAAAUGGAGGAAUCUGCACCCAAACUGGAAACAAUUCGCGCAGUUGCAAAUGCACCGCUGAAUAUUCUGGAGAAAAUUGUGAAAAAAAGCUGCCAUGUUCAACCGGAAAAAAGACAGACAAUGCGAGAGGUGCCUGCUGUGUUUUUCCUUUCACCUAUAAUGGAAAGACCUACAACUCUUGUACUAUGGACCCUUGGCACAGGUUAUGGUGUUCACUCACUGCUACUUACAGUGGAUCCUGGGCUAACUGCAUCAGCUCAUGUGCCAAGAAUCCUUGUCAGAAUGGAGGAGUCUGUGCAGAAACCCAGGAUAAUUCGUAUAGCUGCAAAUGUGGUGCGGGAUAUUCUGGAGUCAACUGCGAAGAUGCUUCAGAUGGGUGGAGGUCAGAGGGAUGCUUCAAGGUACUCAAGAAAGGGGAGAAAAUUGUCUAUGAAAAAAGAUUCGCAGACAUCAAUGGCACAGGAGAAAUGAAAUGCAAUGUUAAAACGGCCUUUGAACUUUGUAAAGUUGCAGCGGAUGAGAAAGGUUACGAGAUGUUUGGCAUCUUAGGCGUUAGAGAAAUGAAGACGGGGAGACGCUGAGUGAAGAAAAGAAUUAAAUGAAUCUAAGAAAAAAUGUGAAUGAAAUCGAAACUAGGUAGAUAACGAGGUUGAUACAAAAGUUUAAACUUAAUCUGAAUGAGUUUCCUUAUUUACAGUAAUGAAGCAUGAAUUUUCAAUUAAUGUUCACAAAGUUUGGUAAUGGGCUAUAACUUAUCAGUUGGUUAUGUAUGAUCCAAAUGCGUUACCUUUGUACUACUGCAUUUUGAAUAACGGACUAACAUUAUGAACAACGGACUUGUUAUAGAUAGAAAGUUAAACGAAGCAUGAAUUUUCAAAUAAUUGUCACAAAGUUUGAAUAUAGGCUUAAACUUAUAAAUUGGUUCAUUAUGAUGGAAAUGUGUUACCUGUGUAGUUAUAAAUACAUUAUUUGGUGAUAUUAUGAAUAAAGGACGUGUUAUGAA